AUGACAUACUCACGAGUCGGUGUGGUUACUGGCGCCAACAAGGGCAUCGGAUACGCAAUUGUCAGACAGCUCGCGCUGCAAUACCCAAAUUCUCACAUCAACAAUGGCUCGCUACUCAUCUACCUGACUGCGCGCGAUAGAUCCCGCGGCGAGCAGGCGCUGAGCAACAUCCAGGACGAUGCAGACCUCAAAAAGGCCCAGGCGCUGUCUGCCCACGGUGGCGCAGCGGACAUCAAGUACCACCAGCUCGACAUCUCAGAUUCAUCCAGUAUCUCGAAUUUCGCCUCGUUUCUGAAACAGGAACAUCCCUACGGCGUUGACUUUAUCAUCAACAACGCAGGUAUCGCCAUGCAAGGAUUCGACGCAAACGUGGUGAAGAAUACCCUAGCAUGCAACUACUACGGCACACUCGAAGCGACGCGGGCCUGGAUCCCCAUCCUGAAGCCGGACGGUCGCAUCGUCAACGUGGCAUCCGUGUCGGGGUCCCUGAGCUCGUACUCACCAGAGAUCAAGCAGCGCUUCCGCAACGCGGAGUCCGUGUCGGACGUCACCAAGCUGAUGAAGGACUUUGCUGCCGCGGUUGAGGAGGGAACUCAUGAGAAGCAAGGGUGGCCUAGCGCGGCGUACGCGGUCUCCAAGGCCGGCGAGAUUGGCAUGACUGGGGCCAUCGCCAAAGAGUUGCAGCGCGAGGGACGCCAGUUGCUUGUUAACUCGUGUCAUCCCGGGUAUGUGGUGACGGAUAUGACAAGGGGCCGUGGCAGGAAGACGCCGGAUGAGGGCGCGCAGACUCCUGUGUAUUUGGCGAUUGCGGAUAUUGGACGCCAGAGUGGGGGGUAUUGGUCUGAUGAGCAGCCCGCCAGGUGGUGA